CGACCGGGCGAGAGCAGGCGAGUUGAGAGCCGAGCGUGAGGAGCCAGAGCCGCCCGGCCCCGCCGCCGCCGCCGCCGCCGCCGCCGCCGCUGCUGCACAAAGCCUCGAGCCCGCGUCGGAGCCAUGUCCGCGUCGGCCGGUGGUAGCCACCAGCCCAGCCAGAGCCGCGCCAUCCCCACGCGCACCGUGGCUAUCAGCGACGCCGCGCAGCUACCUCAGGACUACUGCACCACGCCCGGGGGGACGCUGUUCUCCACAACGCCGGGAGGAACACGAAUCAUUUAUGACCGAAAGUUUCUGUUGGACCGUCGCAAUUCUCCCAUGGCGCAGACCCCACCUUGCCAUCUGCCCAAUAUCCCUGGAGUCACCAGUCCUGGCGCCUUAAUUGAAGACUCCAAAGUAGAAGUGAACAACUUAAACAACCUGAACAAUCAUGACAGGAAGCAUGCAGUUGGGGAUGAGGCUCAGUUUGAGAUGGACAUCUGACUACUGCCAUGUGGAAGGAGGCCUCGUGGAGCAGCCUGUGUGCACCUGACUGGCCCAGUAGGAACACAGUGUACAGAGAAGCUCCUGUCCCCCUGUCCCCUCUGGGUGCCAAAUAAUGGGAGAUGUGCACUGUCUGAUCACAUCUUCCCGUCUCCUGCCCUCUGCCCAGUUAAGGUUAGGUUGAUGAAUAAGCCCUUGGAUUAUUCUGUGGAGCUGACCAGUCCACAGAAGAAAGCAGUCCCUGUAGCUUCCCUGGUCAUUUCCCAAGAAUCUUCCUGCCCUGUUGAGACUUGCCCCAAGUCUAGGGCAGUCUCCAAGCAGCACCUCUGCUUGUAGGGGUUGGGGGUGAAGGAGGUUUAGUGCCCAUUGUGUUCCUGGGCUCUCCCUGUCCUUCCCUACAGCCCACUACUGGUGGAGCGCUGGAUGUGGGGGACAUUUGUCCUCAGCUCUGGAGCACAGUCCUGUACCUCCUGCACCUCUGCUGCAUUCCUGGGACAUGUGACAGCAGCCUCCCCUUUCUCUGGGAGGAAGGCUUCUGUCUUGUCUUGGGUGUGAUAGCUCAUCAUCCCCCCCCCCCCCAUUCCUUUACCCAUUUCAUUGGCACGGGUAUUUUUUAAGCCCUCCUGAAGGGACCCCUUGGUGACCAGCUGGUCUUUGCCUGUCUGACAUUCUUUCUACCUGCAUCCCGUAGGCAGAGUCUGCCCUGGCACACCCGUGGCUCUGUCUGCUUUUAGAGCAGAAGUGCCAACACCUUGGCCUGCACCUGGUGAGUCCAGCCUGCUCUCAGCGGUCUGCCUGAGAAUACAUCAGGGGCCUCUGAAGAGGACUGAGCCGCCGUGCAGCCAGCCUCGGGGGUCAUGGUUUUAAAACCAGGUGUACCUUACGUUGGGUGUCCUGCAGGUUACUAUACCUUGAGUUUAAAGUCGACUUCCUCUUACAUUUCUCCCCUGCUUUGGAUCUGCUUUGUGCUUGGCUGCUGAGAGAGCAGCACAGGCUAAGACAGUGUAUUCCUCCCAGGUCUCUCGCCCUUCUCAUCGUCCGUCUGUCCGUCAGUCCGUCCGUCCUUCCCUCCCUCUCCCCUUAAAUUCUUUCCUUCUGGUUCUUCCACCGGGCCAUUUUCCACAUCUGCAUCAGAAGAGAUGCCUCCCAUGUUAGUAUCUGAUAAUAUCAGUCUCUCCUUAUCAGAGGAGAGACCUUUUAUUUUUAAGAUGACUACAGACCUAUUUUUAGAUAAGUUUUCAGUACAAUUUUGAACUACAACUUUUUUAACAAAACAUCUUCCAGUAUUGGGAAGGUUAUU